AUGGUUCAAUGCGAGUCAAUGCAGCACAACAACGCCACCGGGUCCUACAACCAAAAAACGUCGUCUAAAGGAGUCACCGAGUUGGUGUCUAACAUGUUUCAAUUCUUUGUUGUCCUCACCCACGAGAAAAAAGGCAGUCCUGACACCACACCUGAUGCAAGAACUGUGCUUUCUUUGUCCGAGGUGGUGCACUUAGCAGAGGUGCUUGCAGCUGGUGGUGUGGACGUGAAUUCCUUUGUAGUUCCCGCUCUUGCCCCCUUGAUAAUCGACAUCUACGUAGUUCGAGGUAUUCAACAUCACAACACUCUUCGUGCCAACUGGCCAAAUUCACCACAGGGACGUCUCAGUGACUUGAAAGACCACCUAGUUAAGGACCUGCGCGACUGGAAUGCACACCGAGAGAAUCUGUUGGGAUUUAUGCUACCGAAAUUUAUCGGAAAUUCGAGAGUUUUGGACUUCUUCUGCGUAAUUUUGGAGGCUGCCUCCUUAACGGAUUCUGUUCUGAGGGUGCCGUUUGAAAAUCGAGGUGAUUCCAUGGCCAAUAAGACUGCAACUGAGAUCUGCCGGCAAUUUUUAUCCGCUCUGGCCGACUGUCGCCUUACCAUAGAUAAAUGCGGGGACGUUGAGGCCUGCCUUCGUCUUAUUAAACGCCUAGCUUUAUCACCGUGGCCAUGUGAAAUCAUCCAUGACCUCCUUCUUCGCCAACUCAUUCCCAUUCUCUUUCAACCACCCUCCCAAGGCUUCUCCUUCAAGGAGUCUUUGGAGCAAUUCCAACGUUGGGUAGCUUGCAAGUUCGUGUGUCUUCGUUUUCUCCUACUCCUCACCUUGAAGCAACCAUCGACACUUCUACCCGCUCUUCAGGAGUUUGGUGCCUGUGGUGAGGCAGAUCCUCGGACUGUUUUAUUUGGGUAUUUGCUGCACCUUUUGGAGAUUUCUUGUGAGGCCCUUCUUGAUUAUCUACCGGAUAACGUGGACAAGGUCAUCUCCUAUUCAUCAUCACCGUCAACAGCAGAACCCAAUCUUGCAUUUAUUGAACAAAUACUACUAGCUCUUGAACUGGAACUUCUGACCUUUGAUCGACUGCACGUCCUCUCACCAAGCGGGGUACCAAAAGAAACGGUGGAACGUUUGGACGAGAUGCUGAUGAUUUACGGUCGUCUGAAACCGCUACUUCUCAUCCUCUGGAAACAAAUACGCAUUGAAAUAUUCCACUGCUACGGUGAAUACAACCUCCACGUUGCACCGUACCAUCGUAAUAGCGUAUGCCUCCGUAAAACCGCCUUCCUGUUGAACUUUCGUAGCAAACUCGGUGAAACAAUGAAUGACCAUACCUUUUCGUUGGCUCCUGAUUUGUUGUGCCUUUUGAAGGCCUCUGAGGUGCAUGAAAUGAUCACUUCCAUCGAAGACGUGAAACAACGCUUAGUGCUCCUAAAAGAGGUCCUUUCUGCCCUUAUCACCGGAGUCAAUAACGCUAAGGUAGGAACCGUGCAUCACUCAUUUGGUUAA